UUUCCAUUGAUCCGCUACAAGUGAAUCAAGUUUAAAGUGCUGCUAAACUUCUCAAUCGAUGUGCUAAUUGCUCAGACAUAAACCAAACAAAGUUUAAAUCGAUCGGUUAACACGCCGAGUAACGCACAAGAGCUUCACAGCUCUGACACUGGCAGUAGUUGUAGCGGUACCGGCACCGAACGAUAAACGAUCCGAGACUCUAAUUAAGUUCAUCAAUCGAUUGCGAAGAAAGAGGCUGCAUGGAAAAUGGGUGAACGUGAGCGGAAAAUAUCAACAUAUCAGAAUCCGAAUUUUAUGGGCGAUGAUGGUGACAUUGAGGAGUGGGGUACUGUGGAUGGUUAUCGAGAUAUAGAACUGUAUCCUACCUGCAAUGGCAAGGGGCUGGAGGAGAAGGCCUCGAUGGAUUUCAAUGACAUGCUGCCGUUGAUUGGAGAAUUCGGUCGUUACCAGAAAUUUUUGUUUAUUCUAAUGAUUCCGUUUGCCUACUAUCUGGCCUUUGUUUAUUUCACACAAAUCUUUUUGACUCUAAUGCCGGAGGAGCAUUGGUGUACCGUGCCGGAAUUGGGGAAUUUAACGCGGGAGGAGAGUCUCAAACUCUCCAUACCCCUUGUGGAGGGUAAAUACAGCAAAUGUUUACGUUACGAUGUGAACUUUACCGAACAGUUGUUAUUGGGUGUCACCGAGGCCAAUAGCUCCUGGCCCGUAACCACCUGUUCGCAUGGCUGGACUUAUGAUUUCAAUGAAAUCCCCUACACAACCAUUGCCACGGAACAAAAUUGGGUCUGUGACAAUGCCGUCUUGGCCACCUAUGCCCAAUCGAUAUUCUUUGUGGGCGCAAUUUGUGGUGGCCUCCUAUUCGGCUGGGUGGCCGACAAAUUUGGCCGUGUCCCCUCAAUGAUUGCUUGCAAUUUGGUCGGCUGUGCCGCCGGUGUAACCACAGCAUUUGUCAACACAUUUUGGUUAUUUGCCCUGAUGCGAUUUCUGGUCGGAUUUGCAUUCGAUAAUUGUUUCGUCAUGAUGUUUAUUUUGGCUCUGGAAUAUGUGGGUCCCAAAUAUCGUACCUUUGUGGCGAAUAUGCCCAUUGCAAUAUAUUUUACCUCGGCCACUUGUAUACUGCCCUGGAUUGCCUACUACAUUGCGAAUUGGAAAUACUUGGCCAUUGCCACAUCGGCUCCAUUGAUAUUGGUGGUGUUUGCACCAUGGCUGGUACCGGAAUCGGCAAGGUGGCUAGUGUCGCAGGGAAAAAUCGAUAAAUCCAUUGAAAUCUUAAAAACUUUGGCGCGCCGCAAUCGUUCGCAAGUAAGCGAUGAAACCUUUGAGGAAUUUCGUCUGAGCUGCCAGAAACUGCAGCAGGAGGAGCAGCAGAACACCUCCUACUCGAUUAUGGACAUGUUUAGGACACCACGCUUGAGGCGUACCACAAUUCUCUUGGUCAUUGUGUGGAUGUGUAUAUCUCUGGUAUUUGAUGGACAUGUGCGCAGUGUGGGUUCUUUGCCGUUGAAUAUCUUUCUCACUUUCACCCUGGCCUGUUUGACUGAAUGUCCGGCGGGAGUAAUUUUACUCUGGACAAUGGAUCGUUUGGGACGCCGUUGGAAUGCUUGUGGCAGUAUGGUUUUAAGUGGACUCUUUAGUUUGCUGGCCGCUAUGGCUCCAUCGGGAGUUUACACUGUGGCAUUUGCCAUUGCGGGGAGAUUCUUUGUGAAUAUAUCCUACAAUGUGGGUUCCCAAUACGCAGCCGAGGUGUUGCCCACCGUGGUGAGGGCCCAGGGAGUGGCCUUUAUACACAUUAUGGGUUAUGUCUCGACUAUUUUGGCUCCAUUUGUGGUAUAUUUAAGUAACAUUGCCACCGUUUUGCCUUUGAUCAUUCUCGGGUGCCUUGGAAUCGUGGGUGGCCUGCUGUGUCUCCUUCUGCCCGAAACUGUGGAUCGUGUACUACCUCAAACCCUUCAGGAUGGUGAAGAGUUUGGCAAAAAUCAAAGAAUGUGGGAAAUGCCAUGUUUGGAUAAAAAGCCCAAAGAGGAUUGUGACUAGUGGUAUGGUUGUGUAAUCGUGUUCAGACUAUAUUAGUCCAGAAAAUGCUAAUCAUCCAUGAGAAUGCUAGUCUAUUAGUUUAGCACUAAUUAAUUCUUACAUACAUAUCAGUAUUUUAUUGUUUAGUCUUUUUUUCAAUUUGCAACAAUGUCUGUCGGUCCGUCCGACAGUCAUGUGUUAUUGCUCCGAAAUUAGCUGCCAAGUAUAAACUUUUUUUUGUUGUUGUCUCUAAAAGAAAAAUAAAAGCGCCAGUCAUUAUAGAUCUGUGUUGGGCAAGUGUGCGGCUUCUUUUUUAUUUUGUUAUUAAU